AUGAAUGUUGCAAAACGCGUCCAUAGUAUGAAGAUAACCCGCUUUAACAGCUCAUCAAACGUAGAACCAAAGACCAUUAAAAAGAUUGGUGAUAUUCAUAUUCUUAAAACUAUUGGUUCGGGUAGCUUUGGUCGUGUUUAUUUAGGGUGCCAAAUGGAAACAAAAAAAUAUUAUGCAGUAAAAAGAGCGAGCUACAAAGAUUUAAAUCAUAUGUGUAAUGGCGUUGGCCAAUUAGAGCGCGAAAUCAGAAUGUUACAAACAUUUAACCACAACAACAUUCUUAAACUAUACGAAGUAUACCAAGCAACAGAAAAACCAUAUGUAUAUAUGAUUAUGGAGUAUGCAGACUGUGGUUGCCUUGAAGAUAAAAUCGAUGGCAGUCCGAGUCCGUACAAAUUCGAAGAUAUUCUAUCAAUUAUCAAACAAGUAGCUGGAGCGUUGACUUAUAUGCAUAGUAUGGGUAUUGUUCACCAAGAUAUUAAACCGUCGAAUAUUUUACUUUGUUCUGAUGGGCGAAUUUUAUUAUCAGACUUCGGAAUUGGUCAUAGAUUCCAAAGUGCUGCUAUGGUAGUUGGUUCUCCAGCCUAUCAAGCCCCAGAAGUUCUUGAUGAUUAUGAAGAAGAGAGUUUUGACUCAGAUGGUGAAGCAGAAGACUACGCUGAUGGUCCAAUCAAAGAAGAUGUAUGGGCUUUAGGCGUAACUUUUUACCAAUUAUUAUUUAGUAAAUUACCUUGGGUUGGCGAGAACCUUUAUGAAAUAGUUCACUUGAUCAAGACAACGCCACUCGUAAUCCCCGAAGGAACAGAUCCAGAAGUUGUUAAACUUCUUCAUAUGAUGUUAAAUAAAGAUCCAAUGCAAAGAAUAUCAAUGAAGGACUUAACUACAUUUCCACUUAUAGAGAAAGCUUCAGACAGAGUUAAGUUCACACCACCACCUACAAACAUCGAAAUGCCAUUAAUUUUGGACACUAUCGAGAUAUGCGCGAAACAAAUAAUGCCAGGAGAGCCAUUGGUCCCACCUGAGAACUUAGCAAGAGGUUUCGGACUUAUCCCUGGAAUAUAUAGGAGUUCACCACUUUAUCAUUUUUCGAAUCCUGAUUUAUUAUUGAAUGAAUAA